AUGGCCGCGGGUGCUCGCAAAAAGGUCGUCGUUGUCGGCCUGGGCAUGGUCGGCAUCAGCUUCAUAGAGAAACUCCUGAAGCUCGACGCAAGGACACGCGAGUAUAACAUCGUCGUGGUCGGCGAGGAAAAGCACGUGGCAUACAACCGCGUUGGCCUGACAAGCUUCUUUGAGCACCGAAAAGUCGAGAACUUGUACCUGAACCCGCUAUCAUGGUACGAGUCAAUCACCGACGGAGCUCUGGGCUACCACCUCAACACCACAGUCACCCAAAUUCUCCCAGACAGGAAAGCUAUCGUCUGCUCCAACGGGGAUGAGAUCGAAUACGACAUACUCGUCUUGGCCACUGGCUCCAAUGCUCUGCUUCCGACAGCGGUCCCUGGCCACGACGCUACUGGCGUUUUUGUCUACCGGACCGUCGAGGACUUGGAGAAGCUUAUCACCUUUUCAGCAAACCAGAAAGGGACUGUCGGCGCUGUCGUGGGCGGAGGCUUGUUGGGCCUCGAAGCCGCCAAGGCCAUGAUGGACCUAGAAUGCUUCGAGAAUGUCAAGGUCCUCGAACGCAGCCCUUGGCUCCUUAGCCGGCAACUGGACGCCGAGGCGGGCGGCAUGGUAUGCGAACAAGUCAGAGCGCUUGGCGUUGACGUCUUGUUGGAAAAGUCCGUUUCCAAGAUCGACGUCGACGAUCAAAACAGGGUGCGGGGCAUAUUCUUUAACAACGGCGAGUACUUCGACUGCUCGACCGUGUGUUUCGCUAUUGGAGUCCGGCCGCGCGACGAGCUGGCAAGGCAGGCCGGUCUGAAAGUAACCGAGCGUAUGGGCGGGAUCGCCGUCGAUGAUGAACUCAGAACCAGCCAUCCAGAUAUCUACGCCAUUGGCGAAUGUGCGAGCUGGGCCGGGCAGACGUUUGGCCUUAUCGCCCCUGGUGUUGAGAUGGCCGACCUCCUAGCCUUCAACCUCACACAAGCCAAGCUCCACCAGCCGCGCCUGUUCAAGCGCCCUGACCUUAGCACCAAGCUCAAGCUGCUAGGCGUCGAAGUCGCCAGCUUUGGUGACUGGUUCGCCGACCGCGAUGGUCCCAUCUCUCUACCGCCAAAAGCGAAGAAAUCUCUCAAAAACGGAAACACAAACGGCGCAGAGAGGGACUUGGUAAGAUCGCUGACAUACAAGGAUCCGUUCCAGCACGUGUACAAGAAGUACAUUUUCACCAAGGAUGGCAAGUACCUCCUUGGUGGCAUGAUGAUUGGCGACACAAAGGAUUAUGUCAAGCUGGUUCCCAUGGUCAAGAACCAAAAAGAGCUCGAGGUGCCGCCCGCAGAGCUCAUUCUCGGUGCCAAGAAAGACGGCGACGACGGCACUGACGACCUCGACGACGACACACAGAUCUGCAGCUGUCAUAAUGUCACAAAAGGGGACAUCGCCAAUGUGGUCAAGGACGGCUCUUGCAAAUCAAUCGGCGAGGUCAAGUCAUGCACUAAAGCAGGCACAGGCUGCGGCGGCUGCAUGCCCCUGGUCACGUCCAUCUUCAACAAGACAAUGAAGGAUAUGGGUAACGAGGUCAAGAACAAUCUCUGCCCUCACUUCAACUACAGCCGCGCGGAUUUGUACAACAUCAUCUUGGUCAAGCGGCUAAAGACGCUCCCAGACGUGAUGAGGGAAGCCGGCACCGACCCGGACAGUAUCGGCUGCGAAGUAUGCAAACCCUGCCUCGCAAGUAUCUUUGCGAGUCUGUGGAACAAGCACGUCAUGGACAAGCCGCACCACGGUCUACAAGACACCAACGACCGCUUCCUCGGCAACAUCCAGCGCAACGGCACAUACAGCGUCGUUCCCAGAGUAUCCGGCGGCGAGAUCAACCCGGAUUGGCUUAUUGUCAUGGGCCAGGUGGCCAAAGAGUACGGCUUAUACACCAAGAUCACUGGUGGUCAGCGUAUCGACCUGUUCGGCGCAAAGAAGCAGGACCUGCUCGACAUCUGGAAGCGGUUGGUAGACGCCGGCAUGGAGAGCGGUCACGCCUACGCCAAGGCUUUGCGGACCGUCAAGAGUUGCGUCGGUACGACGUGGUGCCGCUUCGGCAUUGGUGACAGUGUUGGCAUGGCGAUACGUCUGGAGGAGCGGUACAAGAGCAUCCGCGCCCCACACAAGAUCAAGGGAGGUGUUAGCGGAUGUGUCCGUGAGUGUGCUGAGGCACAAAGCAAGGACUUCGGUCUCAUCGCGACCGAGAAGGGCUUCAACAUCUUCGUCGGUGGCAACGGCGGCGCCAAGCCCAGGCACGCGGAGCUUCUCGCCAAAGAUGUGCCCCCAACCGAGGUCAUUCCCAUCCUGGACCGCUACCUCAUGUUUUACAUCCGCACCGCCGACAAACUGCAACGCACCGCCAGCUGGCUCGAAGGCCUCCCCGGUGGAAUCAAGUACCUCCGCGAGGUUGUCCUCGAAGACAAGCUGGGCAUCAACGCGUCCCUCGAGGCCCAGAUGCAGGAGCUUGUAGACAGCUUCUUCGACGAGUGGGCCGAGGCCAUCAACAAUCCUGCCAUUGCCGCCAAGUUCAAGCAAUUCGCCAACACGCCCGAGACGGUCGAGAACAUGGAGAUCGAACCCGAACGGACCCAAGCGCGGCCCGUCAUGUGGACCAAGGACUCGGCCACGGAGGACUUCAAAUCCCUGCGCUCGCGCUGGUCCUCCACCACGUGGCAGCCCGUGCUGGAAGCGUCCUACUUCGCGGGCGCCGACGACGCGCCCAACGGCAUCUCGGCAACCAUUAAGCGCGGCGACACGCAGCUGGCCGUGUGGCGCAUCCGCGGCAAGUACUACGCCACGCAGCAAAUGUGCCCGCACAAGCGCGCCUUUGUCCUGUCGGACGGCCUCGUCGGCCAAGACACGCCGUCAUCCUCCUCCUGCCCGGACAAGGAGCAGGAGCGAAAGAUGACACAGGGCGGCGCCCCCUGGAUCUCAUGCCCGCACCACAAGCGCAACUUUGACCUGGCCGCCGGGGACUGCAAGAACGACUCCGAGCUCUCCAUCGCCACCUUCGACGUCGAGGAGCGCGACGACGGCAUGGUCUACCUGAAACUACCCCCCGUCGAGGAGCUCGACGCCGCCCUGGGCACCAAGAAGUGGAUGGUCAAGAAGGGCGACGCCGGCCCCAACCAGUUCGCCGAGGUGGACAAGAAGAUUGGCUUUGUCGGCCAGCGCGCCAAGAAGCCCGGCGUUAGGCCCCACGGCGACGGCCUGUCAUUGCGUAAGCCGGUGCAGUUGAUGGUUGGCGCAGGGGGUUGCGGCUCGGCGCCGGAUUGGUGA